AUGGAGACCGCAAGAAUGGAUCCCACAUGGAGAAGUGAGCGUUUGGCACGGAAAAGAAGCCCAGUGCAGAAUACUACCAAUAAUGCCUACAUCGCCGACGCCUCUGUUACAACGAUAGCGCAAGAAUCGAACGUACCUCCACAAGAACGGCCACCGGAACAUGAAUGCACUAUUUUCGAGCACACAACGCAGCCAGAGGACGCUCAUCCACCGUAUCUGGAUGUUGAGCAAUCGAGAUCGGAUUUUUCCAGCGCAUCGACCUUGCAUCCAUCGACUUUCGAAUGGCAAACCGAAAUUGUGGAUUAUCCGAUUGCGAGUUCGAAUGACGUACAACGACUCCGACAUUUCAUCCAGUACGUCCUCACAAUCGACUACGACGUCGAAACAACCACGUCACAUCUAUACCCAUCUGAUCAACAGUAUUUUCUCCAGAUCGGAAGUCAGCACCACGAUCUGAAGAGCGAGUCGACUCUCGAGCAGCUGCGCCUAGAGCUCGCAUACAAGCACCUCGGUCUCCCUUUUCAAACUGUCCUGAGCAUGAUCAAGCGAUUUUGUGGCAAUGUGGAAUCAAGCCAGGGCAUUUAUGACCAGGAUAUUCUGGAAUUCGGCAAGGGAGAGGGCGAUGCUAUGUUGGCGACGAAAUUGUGUUUGGACAAGUAUGUGCUUAUCCCGAGAGUCGUUACGGAUAAGAAGCUUAGACAGGCUUUGAUUAGAGGCAAUGGGCUUGAUGCUGCAUCAGGAAGUCGGUCAUGUCUGACGGAUGAGGCACAGAUUUUGAGCAUGAAAAGAGAUGACAUUAUGCAACCAGAUCUCCACGUCCCCGUCAAUAUUCAGCUUCCAUACAAGGAUAUGUCUUUGGGCUGCGAGGCCGAGAUGAUUACUGCCAAGCAAAACAAUCGCCCUUGGCUCAGCACUGGAAUCACGAAAUCCUCCUUGCACACGUUAAUCCUUCGGAAGACGAAGCUUGCUGACGGAACAAGAGAUUUGACAUCUCCUCCGACGAAUGGCCGCAAUCCGACCCCCAGCCGUCAGCCUGAUCUUUGGUUCGGCUGCGCGGCUCAACCAUCCGCUACACGUACCACUGGCUUCCUCCUGACCUUGACCUUGGCUUCUGUAAAACACUGCCGUUCAACGCUGUCCAGCAAUUGCGAUUCUCCGAUGCCUGCCACGAGCGCAAUCAUUGCAAACUGCUAUCUCUCCUUGACGACAGCAACAUUCGUCUGCAAACAUGCUCUCGGGAACCACACGAUGUUGCAAACUCCCAAGGCUGCACCAGGGAUGUUAACGUCUUCGCCAUCUAGGAACAACGAGCUGCCCCUGCUCAUCGAAGCUCGCUUUUAUGCUCGCGAGAUGAUUCAGAUGAACCAUUUGUAUACCAGCAAACGCCCCUUUACCUCCCAGCCAAGUGUGUUCAACAAAACGGAUCACUCCUUUCCAUCAUCACCGCAAAUUGCAAUGAGGCCUCAUCACAAACGCAGCAAUUUCUUUCAAAUCAUGGAGAAAGACAGCUCCGGCGGCUUCGUAUCAAGUGCUGAGAAAUAUGCCUUACGAUUCUUCGACGAGGAGUCGAUAUUUAUACAUCGAUCCGGCUGA